GUCAGAUGCCAUUUUACUCUGCGUUAUCCCAGCGUCUGGAAUCCCAAUGUACCGGGCCUGCGGUAUAAUUAGAAGUUCGCUAAGAAAGUAGUAAACAAACUGGUGAUAUGUUAAGCUACAUUGUCCGAGGCUUCGGGCACAAUUUGCGGUGAAGCUUAUGGGUCCUGCGUACUCAAGCUCCCGGCUUCCACUCGGAGAGGUGUGCUGCGGGGCUACGGUGCACUAUCUGUCGGCUUCACAUCUGGAUCGCCUGGCUACAGUAAUCUGCGGCCUGGUCGGUCCCUGAACUUGUAUGUUUAAUAAGAACUGGCUGAGAUCGCAUCGGUGGGUGUCGUGUUAGGGGAGAAGGGAGUGAAUAUUUGGGCCAGGACUUAAUCUGUGAUCCACUGGAACACCGUGGUCCAAAAAGCUGGACUGACUGACUGACUGCUAUAGAGGAAAAAACGCUUGUUAGCUAUGGAUUUUGCGUAGCUAAGUCACGCAUUUUUUAAAGGCAACGCUAGGGUGACAUUGCAGUCUCUCCCCCACUUCGGCUAUUUCGUCGUCAGACAAAAAAAGAAAAAAAAAAAAAGUGAAAGUGGAGUAUUGUCCGUCAUACGUAUCAACGCAGUGGGAUUUUUACGUCUGGUCGGCGUUCCCCCCCACCCUUCCCGCGGUGACGGUUAUGGGUCGGAAGCGGUGUGUCGGUGCAGAUUGUUCCAAGAUGGCGGCCGGGUGCUGCGGGGUGAAGAAGCAGAAACUGUCGGGAUCCCCCGGGUCGGGGGGUCCUGGCGGGGUGGGGGCGGGAAGCGGGGUGGCAGGAACCGGACAUUGUGGAUCGGACUUGGGGAUUGGUUCCUCCACGACCGUUGCAGCAGGGAACGUGAGCAGAGCCAACGGCCUGGGGGGACCCGGGGGUAACGUUAGCAGCAGUAGUAGUAGUAGCAGCAGCGGCACAAACGCGCUGUCCCCAGCCCCGGUCGGUUACAAUUCAUCCGGCCUCUCCCCGAAUCUCAGCCCGGGACCUGGUUCGGGAAGUGGAGGCAGAAAAAUGGUUGUCUCGGCGGAGAUGUGCUGCUUCUGUUUCGACGUGCUUUAUUGCCAUCUAUAUGGAUACCAACCUCCGAGAACACCCAGGUUUACAAACGAUCCCUACCCGCUGUUUGUUACAUGGAAAAUAGGCAGAGACAAGCGGUUGAGGGGUUGUAUAGGUACAUUUUCUGCCAUGAAUCUGCACUCAGGACUCAGGGAGUACACCCUUACCAGUGCCCUUAAAGACAGCCGCUUCCCCCCCAUGACAAGGGAUGAGCUGCCUCGCCUCUUCUGCUCAGUGUCUCUUCUCACCAACUUUGAAGACGUCGGUGAUUACCUUGACUGGGAGGUGGGUGUUCACGGUAUUAGGAUAGAGUUUUUCAAUGAAAAAGGAUCAAAGCGCACCGCCACCUACCUACCAGAGGUUGCAAAGGAACAAGGUUGGGACCACAUUCAAACCAUAGAUUCCUUACUACGAAAGGGAGGUUACAAAGCUCCCAUCACAAAUGACUUCAGGAAGACUAUUAAGUUAACCAGGUAUCGUAGCGAGAAGAUGACAAUGGGUUAUGCAGAGUACAUCGCCCACCGCCAGCACCAUCACUACCAGAAUGGCAUUGGGCACCCUCUACCACCCUACAACCAUUAUUCCUGACAGCGAGCCGCAUGACCAAUCAUUGGACCUCUCUGCGGACCUUUUCCCAGGGGAACCUGCCCCCUCCUGGUCUAGCUAUUUCUACUACUGUACCAUUUUAUGAUGAUAGUUUCCGUUGCCAUGCUGGCCGUCUCCCAGACGUUGACAUGGCAACGGGUGGCAACAAAACAUCAUUUGUUUAUGGCAAGAAAUAAAAUUUUUUCUUUUUAUUCGCCUGCAGUUAAAUUUUUGCAGCAUAUAUAUACUUAUAUCUAUAACCCCUUUCAUUCAUAUUUUUUGAAAAAUUAAACAAAUACUAGAUUUUCUUAAACUUUAGUCUUUUCAGCAAACCUAAUCAGGUUUUUGAUUCUGUGGAUGGAAGGAAGUCUCUUAUGGUGGAUUAGUCUCGUGCUUAUAUUGUUUAGGCUUUGCUACAGUUUUACAUUUACUAGGGCUGGGCUAAAAAAAAAAAAAAAUCAAUUUAAUCAAUUUUAAUCGAUUUCCCUUUAAAUGGUUCGAUAUCAAUUCAUAAAAUCCAAAAAUCGAUCUUUUAAUUUAACUAUUUUUUUCUUCUUUGGACGUAUGAGAAGCAGCUGUGGUAUCAACCCAGAUGAUACCACAGGCUGAUGUAUACCACCCAGAUGCAUUUUGGAUUUAAGCACGAGGAAAACAAAGAGUUGGACAAAAAACAAGCGAUAUGCAAGAUAUGCAACGGGAAGGUAAAAUACGACAAAUCUCCGCAACCAUUUAACGAGACAUCACCCAGAAACACAGUCUGUACGGCUCAAACAAAUCAACCUGCAGUAGGUAUUGGUGCGUAAGUUACCAGCAAACUCUCAGCGUGCACAGAAAAUAAUCGAGGCUGUUGCAUAUUUAUGCAAGGACAUAUGACCAUACAGUGUCGUUGAAAAGCCUCAUUAAAACUCUGGAGCCACGCUAUGUAACUGGUUUGGGUUCAAUUCUUAAUGUAAACACAAUUUUUAAUAAUGUACCAGGUCAAAAGGUUCCUUGUUAAAUUUACAGUAUUAUUUCUCAGAAUUUUUUUUUAUAUCCAAGUAAAAUUGGUUUUUUAACUGAAAUAUCCCUGACUGAAUCGAUAUCGAAUCUUGAAAUGAAUCGAAUUGGGACCUAGUAAUAUCGAAUCGAUCUGGAAAAUUUGAAUCGAUACCCAGCCCUAACAUUUACUGGGAAAUUUUUCUUUUUUUCUGCAUCUUAAUAGCCAGACAUUAUGUAUACCAUGUAGCAAGGCAACUGCAGUUCUAAAAGGCUGUAUCUUUCUCUAUUUAAUAAUUCCUCUCAAAAAAAAAAAAAACCUGAUUGACUGUUGAGGUUGUUUUGGCCUUGUAAACUCUUGUAGUGUUGUAGUUGGAAUUAGAUAUUGGGAUCUUUAUACUCCAAAGUGUAUAUUGUAGGGUUGUGAUGCCACUCGUCCAGCACUCGCUGGCGGGGUGUUUAUUGUUUGAGCUCACAAUCGUGUGUGUGCUUUUCUGUGUGUGGAUAGAGGCUUUGGUCUGACAGAAGAUGAAAACCGCUAGAGUAAAUUAGAAAUUGGAACAUGCCUAGAUUCCCUACGGGGAUGUUUGGAAAUACUCCCCCUGAGUCUUAGUCUUGUGUCGUGGUGGAACCUGUAAGACCUUGAACUGCAUUUGUUGGGCUGGAGCUUAGAGCUAUUUUCUUUCUUUUGUAACUCUUUCAAAAUAUGAGAUAAUUGCGGAGGAAGCCAUUUUGUCAGGAUAAUCAUGUCAAAGUUGGUCAUCUGUUAAUUAUCUAUGUAAAAUGGACUACUCUCCACAGCAAGGGGUCUUUGCCCAUUCUUUGGGAACGGGGAGCAGGCUUUGCUGCAGGUCCAUAGAAAUAAUUUACAAGCGUGAGGAAUGCUUAACAAGUACUUUAAUUUACUUUGUCUAUUGGUUGAGUUUACUGGCAGGGAGUCUAUUGACAGGGACAUGCUAUAACUACUUAAAGCCAUAUUCUCUUUUUAAUCCACUCUUUGUACAAGUAGUUGGUUGCUUGGCUUGAGGCGUCUGCUUUCAGUGCCAUUAAUUGGUAAUCUUUAAAUAUAUUGGGUCUUCAAAGGCUGAACGCAAAUUUGUACCAGGCAACCUCAGGCGGGGCUGGAUCGCUACACCACUGAAGACGUAUUGAACCUGGCAGUUUCACUUUUGAAUUUGAUGUCCUGUAUAGUGCCCCCGUGUCACUGAGAAGACAUUUUCUUGCCUUUCUCUACUUGAGAGUAUUUGUACUUCAGAAUAUAGCCACACAUCACGGUGUUAACAUAUCUUCAUUGUGUUCAUUUGUCCACAAGUAUGAUCAGUUUGAGUCAGCAUUUGUAAGAAGACACACCACUUAAUGCACAACGUAAGUGAUCUAUUAACAUGUGACAUAAAGAUGUUUGAGGAUGCGACAGUUUUUUAGUACUGCAUGUCGGUGUGCUUUUUAAAAUUCGGGAGUUUGAGUCGUCGUAAUGAAGUUUUUGGAUUUAGUUGUUGAAACUGCACUACCACCCUCCUUCUCUAAAUACUCUGCCGUUCAGCCAGUUGAUCAUUGUGUCUGUGGCACAGGAAACGUUGCGAUUUUCAGUCUGUUUUGUCAGCUGCUUGGCAGCAGGUUAGAGAAAACAAACAAUUGAUUUAGUUUGAGCAGAAUCUCUGCAAGGGGCCAGGCUGCUUACAGUUGAGGUCUACAAAUAAAAAAGCCAGGGCUUUGUAAGGAGUAAAGAAGCCAUUUCCCAUCCAAAUGUUGGUUGUUGUGAGUCACAUCCACACACACUAGGUUAGUCGGAUUUUUUCUUUCCAGAAUGUUUGAACUGUUGAGGAUCUUCAUGUGAUCCACCGUUAAAGAGUUUGGUUUUAGCUUUGCUGACUGAAAUUUUUGAGAGGUUCUUGUACUUGACCAGUAUCUUGUUUUGUAACAGCCUUUACUAACUGACAGGUUAUUUUUCUUUAUGCAAAAUGUCAAGGGCUUUUGGCACUCCAUCCACAGUAACCCGAAAUGACCCAGAUUUAAGUUGUGUUGCCUUAAAUGAAUGAUUUAAUAAAUGAUGGACCAGUACAUGAUGCUGUGAGUGUUCCUCUAUGCUAUGCUUUUCCGUUUUUCCAACUUCAUCUUCAUCUCACAGAUUAGGAAAAUUCGUAAAAGAUAUUUUCCUGAAAGGAACACUAUUGUUAACAUUUUGUGUGGCCCACGGGACUCUCGUAGGCCUGCAACCUCCUGCUUGCUCACAUUCAACCCAGCGUUCGUUUUAACCUCCACUGAGAAAGACCAUGAACACAUUUUAUGGAAAUAUACUGUGGUGCACUGUGGUAUGUUGCCAAUACUUAAAUAAUGGAAGGACAUUUUUGUGUUUUUUGGUCAGUUGUAUGCUUUAUGACGAACAGCGUUUGCAGAGGACUGAGUCAACAUUUCCAAAGUGGAACAGCCAGGCAUUCAUUUUCUGGUCCAUUUAAUACAGCACAACCUGAAUUUUUCUGCUGCAAAACCAAAUUGACCAUGCUCUUUUACAUAAAUGUCUUUGUAUACACAUGCAAUGUAUUUUGUUGCAUGUAUGUAUGAUUAUGAGACCUAUGGUUUUAUCCAUGAUAUGCUUGAUCUAUCGCUUAGACACUCUUAUUAACCAUUAAGAGAUUUAAAAGACAAAUAUGGUGCUAUCGGACCUCAUGUUGGGGUGGUCACAGCUUACGUGACUGGUCAUGCGGACUCAUUGAUCAUAUCAUACUUAAAGAUGCUACAUGUAAGGUUUUCUCUUGAACAUAUUGCUGUGAAAUUGCCCAUGGCGACUCAUACUAAUACUAUCAACGCAUGUGACUGUCACCAAUACAAGCAUAGCCCCGACAGUGCGCUUUCCAGUCCAGUUUGGGUGAUCUUGGGCUCAUUUCCCCAUGGGAACAAAACCCCCAUCUAGCAGAUAAACUUGCAAGUCGUGGUGAAGGGGAUGAGUUUGCCAGACAAGAGCAGCUCAUAGGGGCUAUGGAAUGUACUGUUCAUGGUCGUCGUCGCAAUUUGACAACAAUAAAUCAAGAGAAAAUCCUACAUGUGUUACCUUUAAUAUCCUUGAUAUAUGCAGAUCUGUUCAACAGGUGUUUUUUCCUACCAGUGCAAGUCGACACCCCUGCAGGUUUGAAAGGACAAGAAGUCACACACAACCUUCCUCCCUUGAUUACUCCCUACACUGUGGCCCAAUCUCAUGGCCUAGUUCAUCAAGGUGUAAUGUCUGUUGUUUAGUAGGUAGUGGCAGUGAAAGUGGUUGUUGCCUUUCGGAAAAAAGAAAAAAAAAAAAAACAUAUAAAACCUAUUGCAAAGACCGGGUGCUGCUUCGAAGAGCAUGUCCUGGGUUUCCGUCUCGCUGCUGACUUGUUACUUUGACCCUCUCCUUUGACAAGUUGAGGGUUGAUUUGUCACCCGGUGGCAAAGCCUGUUCUGUGUAGGCUUUCAGGCCGUUUUCACUUUGAAAGCCUCUCUCAAACUGUCAAGAAUUUUCCCAACACAACAGCAUUAAUAUGUAGAUUACUUAGAAAUCAAUUUGGCACCCCUGCCCCGCCAAACCCCCACCCGGUCUGGAUUUCAUCGAAGCAUCUCGCAUAACGGAACGCAGUUACGUUGUUUCACGUUGAACAUGCUAAAUACAGUCCUGCUUCUGUAUUGAUACCCGUUUCAAGCAUCGAUACCUCAUAAAAUAACUAUGGAAAGGCAUUUCUAGUUGUAGCAGAUUGUCUUUUGGUUCCAUACCAGGGUUAGAGUUCAGCCUCAGCAUUCCUUGUGUGGUGCAUUCAUGUGUUGUUGUGGAAUGCUCAAGCUCAUGUUACCUUUGUAUGUUCGACCGAACCAAAGAUGCCACUGGCCAUGCCCAAAUGCUGCUGUUCAGGCCUGGCUUCCUGUCCUUCCAAAAAACACCCCUGCAAAUGACAAAAUGUUCUUUAUUUCCGUCUGUUUUGUUUUUGUUUUGUUUCAUUUUGUUUUAUUUUUGUGCGAUUUCUCAACUGUCUUGACUUAUGAAGCAACCUGAUUUUUUUUUUUGUUUGUUUGUUUUCAAUGAAGUUUCAUUGAGCCUAUCUCUGAAGCCAUACACGGCAUCACGGAUGGUUAAAAAUGGUUGCAGAACUUAUUGUUGUUACUUGUUUUGUUUAUUGUUAUUAUUAUUAUUAUUAGAAGUAGUAUUUGAUUGCUAUAAUUUACAAAAAUGAAAAUCCCAUGGUGUGCCUCCUAGCUUUAUGAGUUUAUAAAUGUUUUUUUCUUUUUUCCCCAAAAGACCAGCAGUUAUACUUUAUAUAAAAAAAAAGAUGGAUUUUCCUUAUUUUUUAUGCCAUUAAAAAUGAAAAAAAAAAGCCUGUUUUCUUUACUCUGGACCCAGUAGCUGCACUGGUAUACAAUCGCACUGAUAGAUGAAUAAAAUAAAAUUAAAAAAAGAAUAAAUGAAUCAAUAAUAAUAAUGAUAAUGACAAAUGAAAUAAGAACUACAAUAAACUUGUGUUUGGAACUUUUAUUUAAAAAAAUAUUUUAAAAAAUGAAUAAAAAAAAGAAAAUGACUGUUUUUGUACAUCAAAAUAAAUUCUUUUCAAAAGAAUAUUUUGGAUCUAGUUUCAAAAUUAUUUUAGUGGUUUUCUAUGUUCUGAAUAUUUGAGACACUGAGUACUAAGAUGUGUCCACUGUACAAAAUGACUUUUUUCUGUUGCAGUGGCCUGAUGGGCUGGGAGGGUUACCUGGUGUAACUCCUCAUACCAAUUUUUGUUUCUUUACCUUUUUUGUUUUUGGAUCUUUCUUUCUCUGCUUUAGUAACUUGAAAAUGUUGAUGGAAUAAUAUGAACUGGGAAUUUAAAAUACAUCCCCUGUAGAGCUAGACCCUUCUUCCUUCCCUAUUGAAUUGCUGUUAGUGUGAUGAGACUUGAAAUGGGCAUUUAUUAUGAUAGUACGGCUCCAAAAAAUUAUAUAAAUAAAUAAAAAGGAAAAAAAAAAAACUGAAAAAUCGAAAAAGAAAUUUUAAAAAAAAUGUGUGGGGAAGGAGG